AUGGCCAAAUAUGAGAUUACUGAUAUGCCACCACCUCGAAUACGGCACUGGAUUCCUCUAUUCGCCGUAGUCAUUAUCAUCACACCUAUAACCAUUGUAGCCAGAAUGUUGCCAUUUUUCGACAUGUCAAUACUAGAAGAUCCACUCCAGUCGGCUGAUUCCUAUCUUCGGUUUGGACGUGAUAACACCUUUAAAAUCUUACAACUGUCUGAUCUACAUUAUGGUGAAGCUCCUGACCAACCGUGGGGGCCUGAACAGGACUUUAACACUACGAGGGUCAUCAAUAAAAUGCUAGACUAUGAAAAUCCUGAUUUCACAGUUCUCGUCGGAGACAUCGUAACUGGUGAAGGAAUACACACACUCCAGGACGCAACUACAUACUAUCAAAUACCACUAAAUACCAUCUCAUCACGAAACUACAAGUUCGCCAGUGUAUUCGGCAACCAUGAUAUAGGACCGGCAUUUGAUCGACACGAUUUGAUAACAAUCGAACGUAAUUAUUCAACGUCUUAUACUAGAGCAGGUCCAAGAACGAUUUCUGGAGUCUCGAAUUACUGUCUUCCUGUGUAUGCAUAUCAGAGGAGGCUAAAGUGGUGGGAGAAGCUGUAUAAAUGGGUCAAAAGUACGGCUGAUAUAGAAGUCGAAAAGCCAUCGUGGAUGUUGUAUUUCAUGGAUUCAAAUGGUGACUCUCAUACCCCGAAUGCUCCUAAUUGGGUGAAUGCAAGUCAAGUGGCGUGGCUAAAUAAAACAAUAACUGAUACGAAUGUAAAAUUUGGUGCUAUACCGUCUCUGGUAUUCUAUCAUAUACCAGUCUAUGAGUAUAGAAUCACCCUCGAGAAGCACUUCACUGAAGAGUGUAAAGGACUCGUCGCCGAGUGGGACAUUGCGUUUCAAAAUGGUGAUGAGGGAUUUUUCAAGUUGCUGUUUGAAUCUCGCGUCGUCAAGGCUACGUUUACUGGCCACGACCAUGGUUCAGGAUGGCGCUGCUCGUAUUCGCCAUAUAUGAACACUACAGAGGAUGAUGGCCAUCGAGUAGAUCUAUGUUUUGGUAGGCAUACUGGUUAUGGUGGGUAUUGGCAGCCAAGUUUUGGUGAUAGAGGAGCUCGAGGAAUAUUGCUAAAUCGCGAUGGCAGUAUGAACACGUGGGUCAGAUUAGAGAACGGAUCUUUAAUAGAUCCACAGUAG